GAGGGAAAGAGAAAAGGAGUCCGUGGGUGGCCAGUGAAAGGGAUGGCGAUACUGUACGCGCUGGUGGCGAGGGGAUCGGUGGUGUUGGCGGAAUUCAGCGCCACCUCCACCAAUGCCAGCUCCAUCGCCAGGCAGAUUCUCGACAAAAUCCCCGGCAAUAACGACACCAAUGUUUCCUAUUCUCAAGAUCGCUAUAUUUUCCACGUCAAACGCACCGAUGGCCUCACCGUUCUUUGUAUGGCUGACGACGUCGCCGGACGGAGGAUCCCUUUUGCUUUCCUUGAAGAAAUUCAUCAGAGAUUUGUGAGGACCUAUGGCAGAGCUGUGUUAUCUGCUCAACCUUAUGCCAUGAAUGAUGAAUUUUCCAGAGUUCUUAGCCAGCAGAUGGAGUACUAUUCACAUGAUCCAAAUGCAGACAGGAUAAACCGGCUAAAAGGUGAAAUGAGUCAGGUGCGAAAUGUUAUGAUCGAGAAUAUUGAUAAAGUUUUGGAGAGAGGUGAUCGUUUGGAAUUGCUAGUUGAUAAAACUGCCAAUAUGCAAGGAAACACUUUCCGCUUCAGGAAGCAGGCUCGCCGUUUCCGAAGCACCGUGUGGUGGAGAAAUGUCAAGCUCACGAUUGCACUUAUCCUUCUCCUCCUUGUGGUAAUUUAUGUUGUUUUGGCCUUUGUUUGCCAUGGGCUUACUCUUCCUACUUGUCUGAAGUGAGUUACAGCAUCAAGUGAGAGUUAUUUGCCCUUCCUUUGGUUCCUCUCCAUCAUUGGCACGUGGUGUUUUUUUGGUACCUCAGUCUCUCAGGAGUGUCGCUCAGAUUUGUUUGUGAGAAUAUCUUUUUCUCUUGCAUAUAGCUACCUGUUACGUCAAAGUGUAACUUAUUAUGCAGCUUUGAUACUUGGUUUAAGUUGUCGAUAUGUAAAAGGAGCAAGUUAUUCUUUUGCUUUUCAUUUUCACUCCACAACUAUCUUUGAUGUAGAAAACCAGAUAGGACUGGAGGUAUGCUGAGUGGCAUAUGUUUAUAGUGUUUAUAGGGAAGCAUUCUCCAUCUGUUGUUGUCUUCCACUGUAUGGUUAAGCCAGUCCAAUGUUCAAUAUGCUGAAUGGAGAUCAUUUUUAGUUUUUUAAGCUGAGUGUGAUAUGUGAUUUUUAUAAGAA